ACAGUGUCAGCAAUAAAUCGAACAAAUAGAAACAGAACUCAGAAAGUCAAUAAGGGCAAGCUCUGCCUUUUAGCCCCUCUAUACGAUUACUACUUCAACGAUUAUUUUCUCAUUAUACACCCCUACAUGAUAUAUCCUUCUAUAUCAAUUUUCUGGUUCACGGUGGUUUCGUGUUGUUAUAUCUCUUCAAAAGGACUCGGAAAUUGAGAAUUCAAGUCCUGGGCAGUUUGUUUUCUCUCGUUUUGCUGGAAAAUUGAGGGGGUUCUUGGAUCGGUUGUGAUUUUCCCUGGAAAGUUGUGGUUUUUUCUGAGGUGGGGGGUUUUGGUGUCGGGAAUUGGCAGGAGAGAUAUAUGUUGGUUGGAAGAAGAAGGAGCUGAGGUGGCGCUGAAUUAUAUGGAUAGUUUGUGUUGCUUCGGUUCUGUGUCUCAGGUUGGAGGACGUUCUUCAUGUGGCUCUGGCAAGGGCAAGAGCCAUCAGAGCCCAGUCAAGUAUGGCUUUAGCCUAGUUAAGGGGAAAGCAAAUCAUCCCAUGGAGGAUUACCACGUUGCAAAGUUUGUACACUUACAAGGACACGAGCUUGGGCUUUUUGCUAUAUAUGAUGGGCAUUUGGGAGAUAGCGUACCUGCAUAUCUACAAAAGCAUCUGUUUCCCAAUAUCUUAAAGGAUGAGGAGUUUUGGACCGAUAUCAACAGGUCCGUUACUAAAGCCUAUGAGAGAACAGACCAAGCAAUUCUCUCGCACAGUCCCGACUUGGGGCGAGGUGGAUCCACUGCAGUCACCGCAAUUCUAAUAAAUGGUCAGAAGUUAUGCAUAGCAAAUGUUGGAGAUUCACGAGCGGUUCUUUCAAGGAGGGGGCAGGCAAUACAGAUGACCACCGAUCAUGAGCCCAACACUGAGCGAGGCAUCAUUGAGAACAAAGGCGGCUUUGUCUCAAAUAUGCCAGGGGAUGUUGCAAGAGUGAACGGCCAGCUAGCAGUUUCUCGAGCUUUCGGAGACAAGAACCUCAAAUCCCAUUUGCGAUCUGAUCCAGAUAUACAAAAUGCUAAUAUUGACUCAGAUACUGAUCUUCUCAUACUUGCGAGUGACGGUUUAUGGAAGGUCAUGGCUAAUCAAGAGGCAGUUGAUAUUGCAAAGAAGAUCAAGAAUCCACAGAAGGCAGCCAAGCAACUAGCUGCUGAGGCAUUGAAAAGAGACAGUAAGGAUGACAUCUCCUGCAUUGUAGUCCGUUUCAAAGGGUGAUGCAUAAUAAAAAAAAUAGUGCCCGGUUUCAGAAUUUGUAUGUCAAAAGGUUUCCAAGCAUGGAUGCAAUUCCAUAGGCUGAUACCAGUUCAGAAAUCUCAUCAAACCCUGCAUAUUUUCGAAAUUCACUUUAAAAGAAAAGGUUAUUUAUCCCCUCCCCUCCCCCACCCCCUCCAUCCCCCUCCGCGCCCGCUGUAAAUUUCUUGCAUUUAGGUGGUGUGCUUUGAUAUUGCUUCAUUUCUUCAGGUGUAGAUUAAUAUUUAAUACCGUUUAUUUUUCUAUGUAAGUUGCGUUGUGACUUCAAAGCAGAGUGUGGAGACUGCCAUAAUAUAUACAGAACAAAGUACAUGGGUUGUAUGCAA